AUGCACACUCACAUGUACACAUACGUCCACACACACUCACACUUGCACACACACAUGCAUCCACAAACAUACAUACACACAUGUACACACAUGCAUGCACACACAUACAUGUGCACA